AGCCCAGCGAGGGCCCAGCCCCGUCCCGGAGGAGGAGCCGGCCGGGAAGGUGUGCUGCCAGCCCGGCCCAGCCCUGCCCAGUCCCGCCAGCAGCGGCUCCAGGAUGCUCUGAGCCACCCGGAGGACGAAGGAGAUGGAGCCGCUGGAGACCAACAGCAGCUGCAGCAACGGGUCUCUGGUCACCCUUUCGUGCCUUUCCCACCGCGUCGUGUGCCAGGUCAUCAGUGAUGCUGACCCAGUUGACUCUGUCCAGGAUAAUGGGACUUUGGAUAUCUUCUGGGUAACUCAGCUGGAAAACAACUAUGGAUUCUACAUUGGCCUGGGCUUGGCUGUCUUCUCCAGCUUCCUCAUCGGAAGCAGCGUCAUCCUCAAGAAGAAGGGGCUGCUACGGCUCGUGGAGAAAGGAGGCACCAGGGCAGGAGAUGGAGGCCACGGCUACCUGAAGGACUGGCUCUGGUGGGCUGGCUUGUUAACCAUGGGUGGAGGGGAAGCUGCCAACUUUGCCGCCUAUGCCUUUGCUCCUGCAACUAUUGUCACGCCUCUGGGGGCUCUGAGCGUGCUCAUAAGUGCCAUCCUGUCUUCGUAUUUGCUUGGAGAACGGCUCAAUUUGCUGGGAAAGCUGGGCUGCAUGCUCAGCCUCGUGGGCAGCACCGUGAUGGUGAUACAUGCCCCAGAGGACGAGGAGGUCACCACUCUGGAUGAAAUGUCUUCAAAGCUGAAAGAGCCGGGUUUUCUUGCUUAUGCUGCGAUCCUCUUGGUUGUCUGCUUCCUCCUGAUCUUCUACCUCGCACCCCGCUAUGGCCAGAGCAACAUCCUCAUCUACCUCACCAUCUGCUCCGUUAUUGGUGCCUUCUCCGUGUCCUCAGUGAAGGGCCUGGGUAUCGCCAUCAAAGGCUUCUUUGCUGGCCAGCCUGUGCUGCAGCACCCAUUGACGUGGAUUCUAGUCAUCACGCUGGUGGCAUCCAUCACUACACAAAUUAACUACCUCAAUAAGUCUUUAGACAUUUUCAACACCUCUUUGGUGUUUCCCAUUUACUAUGUGCUGUUCACCACCAUUGUGAUCACAACUUCCAUCAUCCUCUUUAAGGAGUGGGUCACCAUGACCAUAGUGGACAUCAUUGGGACAGUUUGUGGCUUCCUCACCAUCAUUUUGGGAGUGUUUUUGCUCCAUGCUUUCAAAGACAUGGACAUAGGCUUAGGGAACCUACCACAAGUCCUCCAGAGUGGACAGCAAGCACCAGUCACCCAAGAUGACAAGAAUAUCCUGAUAGAAGUGGACAACUCCAGCAUUGCCCCAGAGGAUAAACCAAAAACACAUGCAUGAACUCUAAAAUACACACCAAUAUCUCAAACGGAGGUGACAGACAAGGACUGAACAGUGCACGCCGGCUAUUCAGACUCUGCUCGUCCGUGUUUAAUUAUUUGCUCUGCAAGAAUAUUGAUGAAUAUGGGCAAACUGUGGCGAAUUUUGGAAUAGUCACUUGGGCUCAGUGGCAGGACCCAAGCCAUGAAGUGUUUUUACAGGAUCAUGACAGAGAAAUCUUUUUCAGCUUUUGUUUUUUGUGAGGUGCAGGAGUUUCCAGGCAGCACAGUGUUAGUUUUAUGUGGGUUUUUGUUUGUUUGGGUUUUUUUUUUUUUUCCUUAGCAGCUAUGGUGCCCAGGCCACGUUGAUGUGGUUGGUGAAAGCAGUCAGAGGGCAGCCCCUGCUCAGGCUGAGAAGUUCUGGCAGGGUAAGCUCUGUGUCAGAACACCAGCACCAUCUUCAAGACUUUGUGGUCUGUGAAAAUCUUUUCAGCCUGAAAGAGCAAGUGGUUGUAAAUUUUAAGGGCUUUUUUUUCUCUUAGCAAAUGUCCUUGGAGAGCCUCCCAACUCUUGGAGCCCCAUGACCUGUCCUGCUAUCAUUUAAGCCCAAAAGCUUUGUUGUUGUUGUUUAGAGGGAGGUAUGAGCUGCGUGUUAAAAGCCAAACAGGUGUAAGUGGGUGAUGCUCUGCAGAGCUGUCGGGAUGCCAUUUAUCUCAGAGCAGUCCCGUUCACCCCUCUCCAUCUCUCCCAAUAUAGUAUGGAUGUUACCUGGACUCUUGCUCACAACUCACCUUCAAAACCCUCUUGGAUUUGUAUCGAUGGUGAGGAUGAAGGGAUGGGAGAAAUCACAUUUUGAGCUGGAAGGUGAAAAAAGAAGAUGUCACUGCAGUUAAAAGUUUCUCCCAUGUUGCUACUUGGUCUUACAGCAUGAGAAACUGGAGCCCAUUUGCUCUCAGCAAAUCCCAAACGGGGAGCAGCAAAGCCUGAGGUGGCUUUGCCAAGGUGGCUCGGUCUGGAGGCAGCUCUGGCUGGGUUAGCCCUGGACCCACAGCACGCACUGAUGCUGUCUGAGAUGCCAACCUGAUUAUACCCGGGUCUGGGUGCUGCUGAGCAAAUGCAGCUUGGGGCUGGGGCGGGGGGAAGGAAUAUUCAAUCUCUUAUUUUAAUAACAUUUCAGUACUUUUUUUUUUUGAAUGUGUAAAGGGAAAUAAAGGGGAAAUAAAGGCUUUUUCUAGAAAAAAAAAAUCUGAAUGUUUUUAAUGAUUUCUCUGACCUUACUGAUAUAGCCAUAAACAGGCUGAAGGACAGCGGAGUACAGCAGAAAGAGCAUCUGGGGCAGCAAGCAAAACAGCAGCGCCCUCCUUUGGUAGCAGAAAAUAAUCUAAAUAAUACACUUUAGCUUUGUUUUUGGCAUCCUAAUCGGUAUAAUGCUUUAUGCAUUUUCUUUUAGAAAUUGCUGGUAAACAGGACUCAUCCUUCUCACCGCCUAGAACUGCAUUUUGUAAAAGCUAUUACUCCAGCUAUCCUGCCAUCUCUGGACAAAUGCCACAUAUAAAAUGAAGAUUUGAAGCAAAAUAGUACACAGUGACAGAAUAUUUGUUAAUGACAACUGACAAAUUUAUUAAAACUCGGCAAAAGGCACAAUGAA